AUGUCUGACUCAAAAGUUGAAACUCAUGAAUUCACAGCUGAGAUUUCUCAGUUAAUGAGUUUAAUUAUUAAUACAGUUUAUUCAAAUAAAGAAAUCUUUUUAAGAGAAUUAAUUUCAAAUGCUUCAGAUGCCUUAGAUAAAAUUAGAUAUCAAGCAUUAAGUGAUCCUUCACAAUUAGAAACUGAACCAGAAUUAUUUAUUAGAAUUAUUCCACAACCAGGUCAAAAAGUUUUAGAAAUUAGAGAUUCAGGUAUUGGUAUGACAAAAGCUGAUUUAGUUAAUAAUUUAGGUACAAUUGCUAAAUCAGGUACUAAAUCAUUUAUGGAAGCUUUAAGUGCUGGUGCUGAUGUUUCUAUGAUUGGUCAAUUUGGUGUUGGUUUUUAUUCAUUAUUCUUAGUUGCUGAUCAUGUUCAAGUUAUUUCAAAACAUAAUGAUGAUGAACAAUAUAUUUGGGAAUCUAAUGCUGGUGGUAAAUUUACUGUUACUUUAGAUGAAUCUGGUCCAAGAUUAGGACGUGGUACCAUGUUAAGAUUAUUUUUAAAAGAAGAUCAAUUAGAAUAUUUAGAAGAAAAAAGAAUUAAAGAAGUUGUUAAAAAACAUUCAGAAUUCGUUGCUUAUCCAAUUCAAUUAGUUGUUACUAAAGAAGUUGAAAAAGAAAUUCCAGUUGAUGAAACUUUAGCUGAAGAUGAAGAUAAACAAGUUGAUGGUGAAGACAAGAAACCAAAAUUAGAAGAAGUUAAAGAUGAAGAAGGAGAUGAUAAAAAAGAAAAAACUAAAAAAGUUAAAGAAGAAGUUACAGAAACUGAAGAAUUAAAUAAAACAAAACCAUUAUGGACAAGAAAUCCUCAAGAUAUUACUCAAGAAGAAUAUAAUGCAUUUUAUAAAUCUAUUUCAAAUGAUUGGGAAGAUCCAUUAGCUGUUAAACAUUUUUCAGUUGAAGGUCAAUUAGAAUUUAGAGCUAUAUUAUUUGUACCAAAAAGAGCUCCAUUUGAUGCUUUUGAAUCCAAAAAGAAGAAAAAUAAUAUUAAAUUAUAUGUUCGUCGUGUUUUCAUUACUGAUGAUGCAGAAGAAUUAAUUCCAGAAUGGUUAUCAUUUAUUAGAGGUGUUGUUGAUUCAGAAGAUUUACCAUUAAAUUUAUCAAGAGAAAUGUUACAACAAAAUAAAAUUUUAAAAGUUAUUAGAAAAAAUAUUGUUAAAAAAAUGAUUGAAACUUUUAAUGAAAUUUCUGAAGAUCAGGAACAAUUUGAAAAAUUUUAUAGUGCAUUUUCAAAAAAUAUUAAAUUAGGUAUUCAUGAAGAUUCUCAAAAUAGACAAGCAUUAGCUAAAUUAUUAAGAUAUUAUUCAACUAAAUCAACUGAAGAAAUGACUUCAUUACAAGAUUAUGUUACAAGAAUGCAACCACAUCAAAAAAAUAUUUAUUAUAUUACUGGUGAAUCAAUAAAAGCAUUAGAAAAAUCACCAUUUUUAGAUGCUUUAAAAGCUAAAAAUUUUGAAGUAUUAUUUAUGGUUGAUCCAAUUGAUGAAUAUGCAAUGACUCAAUUAAAAGAAUUUGAAGAUAAAAAAUUAGUUGAUGUUACAAAAGAUUAUGAGUUAGAAGAAUCAGAAGAAGAAAAAACUAAAAGAGAACAAGAUAUUAAAGAUUUUGAACCAUUAACUAAAGCUGUUAAAGAAAUCUUGGGUGAUCAAGUUGAAAAAGUUGUUGUUUCAAAUACUUUAAAAGAUUCUCCUGCUGCUAUUAGAACUGGUCAAUUUGGUUGGUCAGCUAAUAUGGAAAGAAUUAUGAAAGCUCAAGCUUUAAGAGAUUCAACUAUGUCAAGUUAUAUGUCAUCAAAAAAGACUUUAGAAUUAUCUACUACUUCACCAAUUGUUCAAGAAUUAAAAGUUAAAGUUGAAAAAGAUGGAGCUGAAGAUAAAACAGUUAAAGAUUUAACAACUUUAUUAUUUGAUACUGCUUUAUUAUCUUCAGGUUUUUCAUUAGAUGAUCCUUCAAAUUUUGCUCAUCGUAUUAAUAGAUUAAUUGCUUUAGGUUUAAAUAUUGAUGAUGAUCAUGAAGAUGAAUCAAAACCAGAAGAAACUACUACUACUUCAACUACUGAUGAACCAACUACUGAAAGUGCAAUGGAAGAAGUUGAUUAA